CGGAGGAAACAGUUUUCUCGUUUAUCAGAAAGCGUAAGGGUAGUUGAUCAUGCCUGAACCAGCCAAGUCCGCUCCAGCCCCGAAGAAAGGCUCCAAGAAAGCGGUGACCAAGACCCAGAAGAAAGAUGGGAAGAAGCGCAGGAAGACAAGGAAGGAGAGUUACGCCAUUUACGUGUACAAGGUGCUGAAGCAGGUGCACCCCGAUACCGGCAUCUCCUCCAAGGCCAUGAGCAUCAUGAACUCCUUUGUCAACGAUGUGUUUGAGCGCAUCGCAGGGGAAGCCUCCCGCCUGGCUCAUUACAACAAGCGCUCCACCAUCACCUCCCGGGAGAUCCAGACCGCGGUCCGCCUGCUGCUGCCUGGGGAGCUGGCCAAGCACGCCGUGUCCGAGGGCACCAAGGCUGUCACCAAGUACACCAGCGCCAAGUAACUGCUGCCCCAUCUC